AUGGCGGGACAACAAGUGGAUGUAUUAUUCCGUGAGUUUGGUAAUCCGGAGGAUUAUGAGCUCACCGGUGGGAUAUUGUUACCCGUCACUAAGACUAACUUCACCAUCCAUCCUCAAUACACACGAAUGGUUCAAGCGGAGCAAUUCUCGGGUUCUCCAAGUGAAGACCCCAUUGAGCACCUUGAUAGGUUCCUCGAACUCUGUGCCAUGAUACAAACCAACCAAGUUUCUCAAGAAUACAUUCGGAUGCACCUAUUUCGGCAAUCUCUUGCGGGGAGAGAAAAGAAGUGGCUCAAGCAAGUCAAACCUAAUUCUCUCACGACAUGGAGGGAAAUUGUGCAAGCAUUCUUGAAGAGAUUCAUCUCCGAGGAGAAAACCGCCGAGAUGAGGAGGAAGAUAUCAUCUUUUGAACAAGAGGCGGAGGAGAGUCUUAGUGAAGCUUGGGAGAGGUUUAAGGAGUUGGUGCAAGCAUGUCCUCACCAUGAGUACAAUCAAAGCUUACUCAUGAGGUUCUUCUAUGAUGCACAAUUGGCCGAGAGAGUUUCUUUUAAUUCAUCUUCCACUUUGCCCGGACAAUCACAAACCAACCCUUCCAAUAUUGUAAAACCCGACUCUUGCAAGGAAAUCACAUUGAGAUCGGGUACAUCUUAUGAGAGUCCCAAGGAAGAGGAUGGUAAGGAAAAGGAGGGAGAAGAAGAGAUGAGUGAUGAUAAGAAAGUUGAAGAAGAGAAGGUUGAUGAGAAAGAGAAGAGUAUGGAGAAAAAGAAGACUAAGGAUGUGGUGACAUCCUCAACUUCUAGUGAGGCUAGAAACCUUGAUGGACCGGUUCCUUUUCCCGGUCGGCUUGCGGAGAGAAAAUUGAAUGAUAAAUUUGCAAGGUUUCUAAGUGUGAUGAAAAACUUACACAUUAACCUCCCUUUCAUUGAAGUUGUCACACAAAUGCCUACAUACUCCAAGUUCUUGAAAGACAUUCUCACCAACAAAAGGAAGCUCAAUGAUGAGCUUAUCACUCUUCCCCAUCAAGUGAGUGCACUUGUUCAACACAAAAUUCCCAAGAAGCAAAAGGACCCGGGAAGCUUUACCUUGCCGGUCAAAAUUGGGAACAUGGAAGCUAGGGGUGCCCUAGCCGACCUCGGAGCAAGUCUACCUUGUGGCGAGCUUGAAGAUGUCCCUAUUCAAGUUGGGCAUAUCUAUGUGCCAUGUGACUUUGUGGUGAUGGAUAUGGAAGAAGAUGUGGAUACACCUUUGAUCUUGGGUCGUGAAGCUCUUAAAACUUUGGGGGCGGUGUCGUGCUUGGGCAAAAGAAAGAAGGAAGAUCUUGUGUCAUCUACUACGCAAGUAGAACCCUCGACGAAGCUCAAAAGAAUUAUACCACAACUCGAGAAGGAAAUGCUAGCGGUUGUCUUUUCCAUGGAUAAGUUCCGGUCUUACCUCAUAUGCUCAAAGGUGAUAGUCUACACGGAUCACAUCGCGGUCCGCCACCUUAUGACCAAAAAGGAAGCAAAACCGCGUCUCAUUCGUUGGGUUCUUUCUCUCAAAGACUUUGACAUGGAGAUGAGGGACAAAAAGGGGGCGGAAAAUUAUGUAGCAGACCAUUUGAGGCUAAAGAAAACGUGCCUAUCAAUGAAGAAUUGGGUUUAG